AUGUCAAAAUACCACAGGCGCCUUCAGAACCGCGAGUCCAGAACUGGGAAUUCCUCCGUCUGGCCGUACGGCCCUUUCAGUACUGAAGGGAGGAAUAUCGUCAACACCCGGGGCGACACCAUUACCUGGGCUGGAGUCAACUGGCCCCUCAAUCUCGAGACGAUGAUUCCGGAGGGUCUUGAAUGGGUUUCAGUUGAACAAAUCAUUGACAAUGUAGCCAGUGUCGGGUUCAACUUCAUGCGGAUGGGCUACGCCAUCGAGAUGGUUGACCAGAUAUAUGAGCGGGAUGGUGAAGACGUGCCUCUAGAAGUGGCCAUGAUCCAGGCACUAGGUUAUGUCAACGGCACGAGGAUCAUAAACGAGAUCAUGGCCAACAACCCGACCUGGACGCGCGAGACAACACGGUUUGAGAUCUGGUCCGAUAUCGCAAGAAUCGCUGCUGAGAAGGGCGUCUUCGUCCAUCCAGACGUUCACGUGGGGAAAGCAGAGUGGUGUUGCUCGCACGUCGACGGCAAUGCAUGGUUCGACGACCUGACAUUCAACACUACAAACUGGCUGAGGGGCCUCUCUUACGUUGCGACAUGGGCCAAACAGCAUCCAAACAUCGUCUCCAUGUCCCUGCGCAAUGAGCUGCGCGAAUCCUGGAACAACACGGAUCUCUACUACAACUGGCAGACACUGGUCGGCAACAUGACGGCGGGCUGUGAUGCCAUCCACCAGGCCAACCCGGAUAUCUUGAUUACCUGGUCAGGCAUGCAAUACGACGAGGAUCUCUCGGCGCUGACAACAAAGAAGAAUAUCCUGACAGCGCCUUGCUACAAGUGCACGGCGAUCGUCGACGCAUACCGGCGGGACCCUGUCUACUUUGACCUAGACAGCCACGCCUGGGCGGACAAGUUAGUCUGGGAGCUGCAUCUGUACUCAUCCAGCGAGGAUGUGGACACCGGCACUUGCCCCAUCAUCGAGGCUGGCCUGUACAGGAACGGAUUCAAUGCCCUCGGGAUCGAUCCUCCUGCCGCCUGCAACAUCACCAACGACUGUUCCCCCGCACAGCGAAUCACACCUGUCAUCCUGACAGAGUUUGGGCACAACCAAGACCCGACCAUGUACAACGACACCCUACAGAGCUGUCUCAAAAAUUACACCGAGAAGAACGGCGUCAGCUGGGCUAUGUGGAGCCUCGCCGGCAGCUAUCGGAUUCGCUCGGGCCAGCAGGGACUUGAGGACACUUGGGGCUUGACGAGUUAUAACUGGUCAGGUUGGCAUUUCCCAGCUGGUAUUGAGGAUUAUUGGAAGCCUUGGGUGGAAGCGAUGAACGUCACCAAGUUGGCAUAG